ACCGCAAAGCAACGCAAGCAAGUCCCCAACGACACCCCCAAGCGACGCGUCCAUCCAAUGCGCUGGCGGAUGAAGCAACGCCCGUCAAGCCGCAGCUCUCGCCACGUCCACGCUCCUGCGCCUCGGUGUCGCUCUCUUUUGCCCCCACAUGGCUCUCUCUCUCUCUCUCUCUCUCUCUCUCUCUCUCUGUGGUUCCCUCUUGUCUUUCUCGGAUCUCCGGAGGAGAAGAGGUGAAGCUUGGAGCGAGCUCGAUGCCGGCGCUGAGGGCGGUGGAGUACUACAGCGUGGAGGGGAUGGGGCGGAGGAACGGGAUCGCGUGGUGGGACGAGAUCGACGGCUCGGAGGAGUGGCAGCGCGGCAUCUUCUACGCCCUCUGUGCUGCCUAUUCCCUCGUCUCCCUUGUCGCUCUGGUGCAACUCAUCCGCAUUCAGCUUAGGGUACCAGAAUAUGGAUGGACAACACAAAAGCUUUUUCACCUAAUGAAUUUUGUUGUGAAUGGAUUGCGUGCAAUUCUUUUUGGCUUCUACCACAGUGUAUUUCUUCUCAAACCAAAAGCUCUUGAAAUGGCGCUUCUAGAUCUUCCUGGUCUUCUAUUCUUCUCAACCUACACUCUACUAGUGUUAUUUUGGGCAGAGAUAUAUCAUCAGGCUAGGAGCCUUCCAACUGAUAAGCUAAGACCUACAUAUAUGAUAAUCAAUGGGGCUGUAUACAUCAUACAGAUUUGCAUCUGGGUAUAUGUCAAAAUAAGUUCUAAACCUGCUGCGAUUGAAGCUGCUAAAGUCUUUUUGGCAAUUGUUUCAUUCUCUGCUGCUUUGGGAUUCUUGAUAUACGGUGGGAGGUUGUUUUUUAUGCUGAGACGCUUCCCGAUUGAAUCUAAGGGCCGCCAAAAAAAGCUGAAUGAGGUUGGUUUUGUGACUACCAUAUGCUGCACAUGUUUUUUGGUACGGUGCUUUGUGGUUUCCCUUUCUGCAUUUGACAAGGAUGCCGACCUUGACGUCCUCGAUCAUCCAAUUCUGAAUUUAAUCUAUUACAUGUCGGUCGAGAUUCUUCCAUCAGCUCUAGUACUAUUCAUCCUUCGGAAGCUGCCCCCAAAGCGAGUUUCAGAUCAGUACCACCCCAUCAAUUGAGAGCUUUGUCAGGGUGAGGGAUAUUAUGCUGUCAGACGAGUGAAUCAGUCCCAGGCACUCAUUUGGCUGUUAUGGCGCCAGUGGAACCAGUUAGAUGCGACGUGAUGGUUUUUGCACCCGGCCAAUCUGUGGCAUUUUAUUUAUUGUUAGUUUUAUGGGUGGGCUAAUUUAAAACUUAGAAAAAACACCUCUUUUUUAAUUAGGAACCUUAAGUGAGUAAUCAUAGUAAAUAAAAUGUUCCAAAAGAAUAUGACUUUUAAGAAUGUUAUUGUCAAUACCAAAGUACCAAAUGCACCUUAAUUUUUUUCAGCUGUGGAAAUAAAUGCAUGAACUUGUGCUAAUUUUUUUAAGCACACAUGAACA